AAACUCAAGGUCAUAUGGUAGAUUUCGUCGUCAAUAGAGAGAUAGCAAAAAAAUAUUUACCAUUUGUCUCAGAUUGCUCAAGUGUAAACGAUAACAAAUAGAUUGUAAUGCUAUUUGCGUAUCAUGUAAUUUAAACUUCUACAUGCAGUCAUCAAUUACGUUUUGUCAUCGCUUCGAAAUAUCCGAUCGCAUCGUUGAUUCUUUCUCGUACUAAUAAACUGAAAGUGCGUAUCUUCUCACUUUGUUUACAAAACAGGGGCAUCCCGUGUGACUAAUUUGUUGAAAGAUUAAUGAGAGAUGAUGACAACGAAUCUGCACAACGGCGAUGACGACUCCUUCAUAAUUCUGGGCACGUCUCCAGGAACGAGUCUGGACAUGCAGUGUAACGGCAUUGAGAACGGUGGCAUGUCACUGGAUAACGAACAGAUGGAAGAGGCCAUGAAAGACUUGUCCGUUGAAGCCAAUAUGGCGUUUAAAGCGCACUUUAAACUUGGAGACUGCCCUUCACCAGCCAGCAUGAUGGUGGCAAGCACAAUCAUAAGCGAUGACAAGACCACAGAGGAAUUACAGAAGCGGUUCGGCGAACUUCUGGACGAAAAUGUCAUUCUCAAAGAAACCUUGAAACACAAUAACGAAUCUAUGAAAGAACAGUUUCUGCUGAUCGCGUCCUGUCAGGAAGACAUGAUGAAGACCCAUGUUAUGCAUAAAGAGAAGUUUGAUGAGACCAAAGGAUUAGUCGAAAGGCUUCGUCAAGAAAACAAAAAGUUGAAACAGGACAUAGCCCGCCUAGCUGAUGGCGAGGUCCCGUCUCUGGUGAGCAGUGAGACCGGCGAGUCCGUCAAGUCGACGAAGUCUGCCAACUCGGUGGCGCUCGAGUUCGUGACGUCACCAGAAGACGACACCAUCAAUAAGCUGACGGCGCAACUCGAACUCGUUGAGAAGCAGAGGAGACAGGUGAUUGUAGAUAACGAGAAACUGACUUGGCAGAAGGAGUCAUUAGAGCACAUCGUAGACGCUACCUCUAAAGAAAGAGACGAUCUCAAGGAGAAACUCAAGAAUGCAGAGCUUCUAUUAUCAACAAAGGAUGCCGACCACGGUGCGGAAAUAAACGGCCUGAAAUAUACCAUCAAUGACUUACAGAUUAAACUGCAGACAGCCAUCCAGAAUGCAAAUAACGGAUCUUCAGAAGAGAUAGCUAGGUACGAACAGCUUGUUCAGCAGCUAGAGGCUAAGGUGUCCUCACUUCAGGCCGAGCUGAAGACCGCACAGCUCAAGAUAUUGGAGUUAGAAACUGUCAAGUUGGAGUUCACGAAGUUCAAAUCGGGCGUUUCAGAGGGUAUACGGAUAUAUAAAGAACAGAUACACGAUCUGCACGCCAGACUUAAGGAAGCCGCCACUACUGUGUUCCAGCCAGUUCGAUUCUCGAUCAGCUCGGAGCCGGAGUCAGGGUCCUCGGAGUUCAGCAGUCUGACGGCGAACGUCAACCUCUACGAUAAAACGCUGAAGCAUCUGGCACAGCUGCUCAAUGCUUUGACGCAUGGAAUGUCAGACAGCCUAGUGGACACGUUAGGGCUUGUGGCGAGUCUGCAUGACUACAAGCUGGAGAGGGUGUCGGUGGAGCAGUUCAAAUCUAGCUUAGCAGAGGUCAAGCAACAGCUGGAGAGGCAACACGGGAAUGCGCUUAAUAAUAUCGGCCAGGUCCGAAGUACGCUAUCGAUAUUCGAAGGCAUCUUCAAGGAUUACAACGAGCUCCUAAAGAAGGGUGUAUGCGCCAAGCCCCGCGUGGAGCGCGGCGGUAACGUGGAGGCUCUGACGUCAGCACUCGUAGCGCGCGGCCACGAGCUGCAGCUGCUGCAGGGGGAACUCAGCAAGCUCAGGGGGGACAAGGAUGAUGUGGAACUGCUCAAGGCGCAGCUGGAGCUAUAUAAGAGUGACUUCGAGGCAGAAAGAGAAUCUCGCGAGAAGAUGGCGUCGGAGAAAGAUACCAUAUUAACAGACCUCAGAACUACACAGAAACGGAAUCAGGAGUUAACGAAACAGUUGGAGGAUGUCCGCAAGCUGCACCCGGGCGUGUACCGUGACGUCACGUCCCGCCCCGCGCGGCCCUCCGCCCCGCGCCAGCCCGCCCGCGCCGCGCCCGCUAACAAUAUGACCUUCACUUGCCCGAAGUGCAUGAGGUUCUCGUGCGAUGACUACAAAGUGAUGGAGGACCACUUCGACUUCUGUCUCGACGACUUCUAGUAUCGGUAUGUCUUGGACUAGUCUGAAAGUAGGGCGAAAGGACCACCAAAACAUUACAGGCAAUCUACUUUAUACCUUUGUAUACUAUGUACUAGUAUCGAUGAUUUUUCAAGGGUGUGUUAAGAUACGUUGGAGGCCUAUGAGCUUGUACUUUGAUACCAGGUUGUACCUCAACCAAAAGAAGAAUGUAUAAUGUGUUAUCUAAUAUGUUCUUAUAUCGUACAAUCGACAAAAGAGGUUGGUUAACACAAUCCGAUUUACAUAGUGCCAGUAUUUUUAGCUAUACUUGGUGUCAAACCUAUUUGUUCCAUAAUAGUACAAGAACAUCUCAAUGAAUUUGAUUAUGAAAAGUUGUUUUCAAAAUCUGAUUGUGUUAUCCGAUUUCUGAUGGUGACCAUACCAGCUCGUAGUUGCUACAUUGGUAGUUGUAGGAAUCUUCUUCAAUAGAUAAGGUUUGAAAUUGAAAGAAAAUGGCAAGACGGUGAGAGAGUGGCGUUGUUACCCAGACGCGGGAUGAUCGUGGUUGAAAGAACGGUACACGGAAUAAAAAGUAAUUGCUUGGUCCUGUAUUUUUUUUACACCAAAGUUAAAGAAACGUUUCCUUGUCUUUGUUUUUCGGUCAUUCACCCUACUCAUACCCCGGUGUCUACUCCUUACUGUAAUAUGUUAAAUAUUGUGCUUAACGUUAUUUCAGUUUUAAAGUAUUAGUUUAUAGUUGAUUUUUUUUUAAUUUGUUAAAAUAUCAUGUCAUUUUCACUGCAUUUGCAUUUUUCUAUACGAUUAUCUGUAAAAUACCUAAUUUAUUAUAUGAAAUGGAUUUUUUGGUCCUUCUGUUCGUAUAUUUUGGUCCUUUCCAUCAAAGAGCAGUAACUUUAUUUCAAUCAGUUUAAACAAUAGCCACCUGCAGCUGUAAAUGUGUAUUUUGAAAUAACACUUAUGUGUAUCGUCAUAAGGUAUAUAUUUGACCAAAAUAACCGCUGUAUUAUAGAAAUAUUUUUGCACAAAUCAUUCCAUACUAAUUGUAUGUAGUUUGGCUAAGGUUUUUGUAUAAAUGUUAUAAUUAUUUUAUUUUGUCUGCGUUACCACUAACUUUGAAGAUUUCACGCACAUUUGGUACUUAAAGUACCUCUAAUAUUUUUAAACAUAAAAUAUUUAACUAACGUCUGUUGAGUCAGUAACAAUUUAUAACUUUCUGAUAUCAUUAGAGUUAUCGUUUGAUUCUUAUAAAAUUGAGUUAAUAUACAGUUUUCAUUAUUAGUUAUAAUUCUGAAUAUUAUUUCUAUAUCUUCUAUGUUAUAUACUUAAUCGUUUAUCAGUUGUUGUAUGUAAAAUCAUAGUUAAUAUUGUCUUUGAGACAUAGUGAGAGCUACGCAAUUUAUUCUUGUGCCAUUAUUGAGAUUCACUUGACAACUAUAACACGGGAAUAAUGUAACAAAAACAGGUAUCGUUUAGUCAGGCUGUUGGACUCAAUAACCCCAAGAAUCUGCAUCAUAUCAGUUUGUUAUUGCAAAAUGAACUUUACUAGUGUGAUCAUAAGGAUUAUUUUGUAUUAAACGAAGUUCCGAUCUAGUCGUUAUUACACUAUUUUAAUUGCAACUACAUCCUCGUCUGCUGUCGUUUCUGUAUCAGCUGCCCGUCCCUUACUUCGCGUUACGGGAUUUAGCCGCCCAAGUCUUGGCCACGAUUAACUUACAGAAAUACACACUUUGUCAAAUAAUUUUUGGGCAGUGCAGUCAAUCUAUAAGUGCAGUUUAUUUGCGUGAACAGCCUGGCGUCACAAUCUGUAUGUAAUAUCGUCUUCCAUAAACCGUAUUUUUUUAUAAUACCUCCCUUACAUUACAUUGUAUUGUUAUGAACGCCUUAUUAUUACUAAUUAUGGUAAUUGUGUAUUUAAUCUGAUGUAUUGUAUAUAUUUCAAUGAAUUCAUAUGCAUUGGUUUAAACUCCUUCAUUUUGUAAUAAUAAUAUUUGUAUUAUUUGACUUGAAUGUGCGAAAAUAAUAAUUUUGUUGUGCGAUUUAUUUAACCAAAAUCCAAAUUAAGAAAUGUAGUCCAAGAUUGAAUAAGCUAGUAAUGCCUUAAGUAUCCGUUCCAUCCUAUAUUUUGGUCCUUUGAGACUAACUUUAAGAUAGUGAUUUCCAAAUCGUGCUUUUGGUAGAAAUGAACGGCUUUAAGGGGUGUUAUGUAUACUGUGAGAAUGUAUCCUACCCAUAAUAGAAAGACCUAGUAAAAAUUAAGUAGUCGUCUUAUCUAGGCGUUAUCAUAAAACAUUUUCAUAUAAAUAUAAUCAUCAAAUAAAUGUUCGUUAGUGAGUAAACUCAUUAUUGCCUGGCCUAUUUAAAGUGGUUUCUCCUUUUGGCCUGAGCGCUGCCUUUGACUGGUUCACCGAAACAACAUUGACCACCCAAAAUUGUUAAGUUCAUAUUCCUAUGGUUAGUCCUUCGGCCUUGUACAUAAAACCUUUUGAAAAUCUUUGUAACUAUACUUUCCUGCUUGAAUAGAUUAUGCAAACUAUGUUUAGGUGAAGGUUGUGUUUUUGAAGGUCAGUUGUCAGUCGAAAAGGCUGGUAUCCAGAUGAAUCAUGCUGUUUAGAAAAAGUCAUUGUGACGGAGUUAUAUAUAAAGAUUCAUGUUUUAUGAUAACGCCUUUAUAAUUAGAUAAUCCUUUAGGCAUACCAUAACUAAACUGUGUGUUUUUGACUGUGUGAUUGUUAUGAGACUGGUUAUGUAAGUAGUUUAAAUUCAAAAUUAUUUUGACAUAUAGUGUAAUGGUAAAAGUAAUUUUAAAGGCCUAAGUUAGCCUAAUUGUAAUAAACAUUCAUUGUAGUUUUUGUGGAUAUUGUCCUAUAUCAAAAAAUGUGCUAAAGUUGCCACUAACAUAAUACUAAUUGUAAAACAUUGAUGUAUAAAAACUCAAAUACUGUCUCGAAAAUUGUAGAUCGAAAAGUCUAUCGUCGUAAAAACAACUCUAGGACUUGAACGUAAGGUUGAAUUUACAAAGACUGAUGUAAAACAGUUUUGACAAUGACUUUUAGGCAUUAUGUAUCUGUGUUUUUUAUAGAUCAAUGUUGUAAAUCAACAUGUAUAUGUAAUGAAUUAAUGUAAGGAAUUGAAUAUUAUGUAAUUAUGUAUACUUAUGUACUGUGAUUCCCGAACUAUGUUGUCAUAUCUGAUGUCAAAGAUUUAUUAUGUUUAAAUAUAUGGAUUAGGAAGAUA